ACGGGACAGGUCGGAAAUAACAAACUCAUCGGUGGCCAGCACGGAGCAAAUAUUCUUGUUUGCAGAGCUCUUCAAAACGGGGAUAAACCGAUAACAAAAGAUACAGACCUGAUAAGCACAUCCACGCUGCGGGUUCACUUGAAGAUUUAUUCCCCAUCCGAGUCAUACGCUCUGCGAAGCUACAACCGAUCGGUGGCCACAAUGCGGAUGAGACUGCUGGUCAUUUGGAUUUCCCUAACUGCUCUGCUUGAAUGGAGCAGGGCGCAGGAGGACAAUAUUGAAGAAGUCAGCUUAAGCGGCGGUCUAGCAAGUGAAAACUCAGAUAACCAAGCAGAUCAGGUACCGGGAAUGGAAACUAGUGAAAAUGACACAGAAUCCUUAGGACACAGCCAGCUUUUUUUUAACACAACGCAAAGCCCAACUGAUGACCACGAGCCUGGGGACGCUAGUUCGGGUACACAGGAAAUUCCACCUAAUGGAAGCCAAGUAGGGCAAAUAGGCCACCAGUCAGGAGAGGAUGAGAAGGAACCGGAAGUUACAAGUGUGGGCAGUAAUUCGGAAACGGAUCACAAAUUAGAAGGGGACAUGGAAGAGCCAGAAGGGGAUGGCGGGAAUUCUGGUGUCUCUACCCCAAUUAAAGAUCCUCAAACCGCUCAUUCAGAUCAUUCGCCUACGGAAACUCCGGAAUCAUCUUCAGAAGUGACGGCCGAUACUCGCCCACCAACUCUACCAGAGAGCAGCUUGGAGUCCCAAACCACGAACAAAACUGAAGAACCAUCACCCGAUUACCCGGCUGAUGGGCCCCAAGCGGACACCACACCGUCACCUCCACCCCCAGACGAAACCACCUUGGCACCACACAAGCCCCCAGUUCCAGACCCAGAACAAAAACCUCUGAGCUGCUACUCCUGCAUGUUCUGCAACAAAACGAUCACCAACGAAACCAAGUCCCUCUGCGGGCCGAUACCCGGAAAAAGGAAUGGAUGUCGCACCAUACUUCUCGUUGAUCCCAAUGUUGUUCCGGGGAAAAAGUAUUUCCUGCAUCGGGGCUGUGUAUCCGAAUUAGAUAUGGAGCUCUCUCGUUAUUGCGUUGACAAUGAGAAGUUGUGCCCCACGUGCUACGAGGACAAUUGUAAUGUUCACAAUAUGACAGAAUAUGAAGUCUCUGCAGCAGUCACCCAUCAUCUGGAGGUUCCAGUGCUCAUCUGGGGCAUAUGUUUGCUUAGCUGGCAGGUGGCUUAUUAACCAGCCGCUAUGUUCUGAGUCAUCACAAUUAAAAUGUAAAUGGAGAUUGAGGUACUUAAAAAUCGAUAGGCAUGUCUGUCUAGACAAAUUAGUUUUAUCUAUGGAAUACAUAAGCUUAAUUACAAUGAAUUUCUGUGUACAGAUUUGAAUAUCUUUGCAGCGGAAAACGCAUGGGGAUUUUCUCUUUCUUAAAUAG